GGUUGCUGAGCGGGCCUGGGAUCGCGGUCGCGGCGCCUUCCGCCUGACCGCUCCUAGUCGUCCAUCUGUUGGAUCCCGAACGACCUAACCUGAGCCCGCGCGGGACGGGCGGACCAGACGAAGAGAAUUUCCUGAGCUGGCAUCAGGUGCCAGAGGCACUGGGGAACUCACCAGGAAGGGUCGGACGGAGCUAGGGGCCAGCAAGAUGGCGGAUGAAACCUUAGCUGGGCUGGAUGAGGGAGCCCUGCGGAAGCUGUUGGAGGUCACGGCGGAUCUGGCAGAGCGGCGGCGCAUCCGCUCGGCCAUCCGGGAGCUGCAGCGGCAGGAGCUGGAACGCGAGGAGGAGGCCCUGGCAUCCAAGCGCUUCCGCGCCGAGCGGCAGGACAACAAGGAGAACUGGCUACACUCCCAGCAGCGGGAGGCUGAGCAGCGGGCUGCUCUGGCACGGCUGGCAGGACGUCUGGAGUCCAUGAAUGAUGUGGAGGAGCUGACCGCACUGCUGCGGGGCGCCGCGGAGUACGAGGAGCGGAAGCUGAUCCGAGCCGCCAUCCGCCGCGUGCGGGCCCAGGAGAUCGAGGCCGCCACCUUAGCUGGAAGGUUGUACAGCGGGCGUCCCAACAGUGGCUCAAGAGAGGACAGCCAGGCACAGGCAGCACACAGGCUGGAGCCGUGUGAGGUGCCAAAGCCAGAGGAACAGAAGCAGCAGGUGGAGGUCCCAGAGCCAACCCCGACCCCCAGCGGCACCAGCCGGGAUGUGACCACGGUGACGCUCCUGCUGCGUGUCCCGCCUGGGGACACACCCAGCCCACCUGCCUCAGCCGACGGUUCGCCCACCACUACCUCUCCUGAGCCUCCGCUGGAGCCUGCCGAGGGGGCCGCGUGCCCUGCCCCCAAGGCUCUGGGCAGUCCCGAGCCUCCCCCAAGCCCGCCCAGGGUCGCCAGCCCUGAGCCCCAGGAGCCUCCAGCCACCCACAGCACAGACGGGCAGGUGGUCGACAAGCUCCCACCCGGCCCCACGGAGCCCCCUGCCGCACAAGGCCCCACCAAAGGUCGCUCCGACACAAAGAGAGCAGACCUGGCUGACCCUCGUCCCUGCCAACGCUCCCUGUCUGUGCUCAGCCCCCGCCAGCCAGCCCAGAACCGAGAACCCACCCCCCUCGCUAGCGGACCUUCCCCGUUCCAGCGGGCGGGCUCCGUCCGGGACCGCGUGCGCAAGUUCACAUCCGAAUCUCCUACGGCCACGGCCACGGGGCUCCAGGAAGGCCCACCCCGCGCGGCCCUCGGUCCCUCGACCCCUGCCAGGCUCCCAGGCCCCGCCCACACCAGCACCACCCCUGCCGCCUCCUUCUCCUCCUCCAGUGGCCCCUCCUCGCGGGGGACAGCCCGGCCCCUGGCCCAGCUUCAGAGCUGCCCCCGGGAGGAGGGCCCCAGGGGGCGGGGCUUGGCCGUCAGGCCCCUUGAAAACAGAGCAGGGGGGCCCGUGGCGCGCUCAGAGGAGGCCAGCGCCCCGCUGCCCGUGGCCGUGGGCGCCGCCGAGCCAGGGGCCAGUAUGAAGACCACAUUCACCAUCGAGAUCAAGGAUGGCCGGGGCCAGGCCUCCACAGGCCGGGUGCUGCUGCCCACGGGCAACCAGAGGGCAGAACUGACGCUGGGGCUGCGGGCGCCCCCCACCCUCCUUAGCCCCAGCAGUGGGGGCAAGAGCACCAUCACCCAUAUCAGCAGCCCUGGGAACCUAGCCCGGCUGGGCAGCGUGACUCACGUCACCAGCUUCAGCCCUGCCUCCCUGGGUAGCCGAGGAGGCUGCAGCAUAAAGAUGGAGCCGGAGCCAGCAGAGCCCCCCUCUGCAGCAGUGGAGGUGGCCAACGGCGCCGAGCAGACCCGAGUGGACAAAGCACCAGGGAGCCGGAGCCCACUGAGCGCCGAGGAGCUGAUGGCCAUCGAGGAUGAGAGUGUCCUGGACAAGAUGCUGGAUCAGACUACGGACUUUGAGGAGCGGAAGCUCAUCCGGGCUGCACUGCGUGAGCUCCGACAAAGGAAGAGAGACCAGCGGGACAAGGACCGAGAACGGCGGCUGCAAGAGGCCCGGGCCCGGCCAGGGGAGGGCCGCGGCAACACAACAACCAAGACCACCACGAGGCACAGCCAGCAGACGGCCGACGGCUCCGCCGUCAGCACAGUCACCAAGACCGAGCGGCUCGUCCAAUCCAAUGACGGCACACGGACGGCCCGCACCACCACAGUGGAGUCGAGUUUUGUGAGGCGCUCAGAGAGUAAGGCCACCGGGCGUCUCCACGUGCCUGCCUGCCAGCCCACCUCCUCAGGCUCUUCCUCGAACUGUCUCUCCGAACUUUCGUCUGUGUGUCUCUCUGUCCAGCCGUCACUUUCUCUUCUCUGCCUGUGGCUCCCUGCAUCCCUCCGCCAGCCUCCCGCCCGUCUCCCAGCCCGGGACCUCACUGUGCUCCCCUUUCCUUCUCUUGCAGAUGGUGGUGGCAGCACCAUGAUGCAAACUAAGACCUUCUCCUCUUCAUCAUCCAAGAAGAUGGGCAGUAUCUUCGACCGGGAGGAUGAGGCCAGCCCACGGUCUGGCAGCCUAGCGGCGCUGGAAAAACGCCAGGCAGAAAAGAAGAAAGAGCUGAUGAAGGCGCAAAGCCUGCCCAAAACCUCAGCGUCCCAGGCGCGCAAGGCUAUGAUUGAGAAGUUGGAGAAGGAAGGCGCAGCAGGCAGCCCAGGCGGACCCCGCGCGGCUGUGCAGCGCUCCACCAGCUUCGGGGUCCCCAAUGCCAACAGCAUCAAGCAGAUGUUGCUAGACUGGUGCCGAGCCAAGACGCGUGGCUACGAGCAUGUGGACAUCCAGAACUUCUCCUCGAGUUGGAGUGACGGGAUGGCCUUCUGUGCCCUGGUGCACAACUUCUUCCCUGAGGCUUUCGACUAUGGGCAGCUCAGCCCACAGAACCGGCGUCAGAACUUCGAGGUGGCCUUCUCAUCCGCCGAGAUGCUGGUGGACUGCGUACCCCUGGUGGAGGUGGAGGACAUGAUGAUCAUGGGCAAGAAGCCCGACCCCAAGUGCGUUUUCACCUACGUGCAAUCGCUCUACAACCACCUGCGGCGCCACGAGCUGCGUCUGCGCGGCAAGAAUGUCUAGCUUCCCCGCCGCCGCCCGCACGGCCGCCCGCGGCAAGCAGCGCCCACCAUCCAGGCACCGUCCCCUCCCUGUGCGCCUGCCCACCGCUGCCUUGUCUGUCGCGGCACCUUCCCACGCAAACACGCAGCGUUUUGAUAAAUUAUUGGUUUUCAACGGC